CUACAAUCAGACAGCAUACAAAAACAUUAGUAACACAAUAAAACUACUGGUAAUGAGGAGGGGCAAAACAAGGUCCAACCAUUUGUGUACCUUUACGGAAUUUUAUCCAUGAAGGACAUAAUCUGUGGCUCUCGUUUUAGGUUUUUCAUUGUUCUCAAACACUGCUAAGAAUAGCAAAUGAAUAACUUUCCAUCGAACUCAUCACCAUCACCAACAGCAACAAUUACCAUUUAGCAUCUCAGGGCUUCAACCAUGAAUGACACAGUGGACAAGCUGGUCAUCUUUCUAGCAAAGAGAGAUGGCAUAGAUAAGCUUGUCAAGACUUUCCAGUAUGUGUCCAAGCUUGUUCACUGGCAUGUAGAAGCCACCCAUCCAGACGCUGCAAUGAGAUUCAAGCAAUGGGAAGUUGCUUCUGGCCUUGGCCGGAAAGCCUUCAGAACUGGCAGGUUUCUCACUGGCUUCAAUGCUCUAAGAAGAGGCCCUGGCGCAACCCCGACGUUAAAGGUCUUAGCUGUUCUUGCUAAUGCAGGAGAAAUGGUCUAUUUCUUUUUUGACCAUUUUCUUUGGUUAUCAAGAAUUGGAACUUUGGAUGCAAAGUUGGCAAGAAGGAUGAGCUUCAUUUCAGCAUUGGGCGAGUCUUUUGGCUACAUAUUUUUCAUUAUAGCUGAUUUUAUUAUAAUGAAAGAAGGGCUAGAAACAGAGAGAAGGCUCUUAAUCUCUUCAAAAGAAGAUGGUUCAGAAGAUGCGAAAGAGAGCACGAGGAAGAUCAGAGUAGAGAGAGUGAUGAGGUUGAUGGCAGUAGCAGCUAACGUUGCAGAUUUGAUUAUUGCACUGGCAGAUAUUGAGCCCAACCCAUUUUGCAACCAUGCUGUUACUCUUGGUAUUAGUGGGUUGGUGUCUGCUUGGGCUGGUUGGUACAGAAAUUGGCCCUCGUAGUCAUAGUUCAAAUACCUACCACCCAAGUCUUGAAAAUGGGGGCAAAAAAUCUCACUUGUGUUGUAGUUGCGAUGGAAAUUAUACUCUUUUACGUGAAAAAAUCUUGCAACUAAGUGUUCCAUUUUAUCAUCUUAUUGGUUCAUGGCUUUACGUGGAGAGUUUCUCAAGUCGUAGCAGCCAAUUCUUCAAGAUGGAUGGAAAAUUUUUCAUUUUUUUUUGUAGGCUUUGGAAAUAAUACUCUGCAAUUAUCAUAUUGGACUAAAAUGAUUUAUGUCA